UACCACACGUAACAGAGACCACAAAAUGUUUAGUUUAUUGUGUUACCGUUAAAAGAGUUGAACAUUUUCACGUUGUUAAUUUUAAAUCUCGUCUUGUUUUGUACGGUACAGUCAUCCACUUCCUGUUUUAUUCUACUUCCGGGUGUUACUUUUUCCGGGUCAAUGGCUAAGAACAAUCUACACUGCUAGUGUUAAACACUAGCUAGUUUUUCAACAAACGAGAAAAGGAGACUGUAUCCUCGAAUUAUCGCCAUAAAGCAUUUCGCUCCAUUUGCUGGCUUCAGUGCCUUCACACAUUCGAUGGAUAUGACGGAGCCGCGCAAUCUCGGGAUGACUUCCCAUCCUGCAGCGGCCCCAGUACACUCUGAUCCCACUUGCCUCACUGUGGACAUAGACCCAGUGGAGUACACCCUUCGCAAACGACUCCCUCGUAAACUCCCCAAGAGGCGAAACGACGUGUACGUCAACAUGAAGACGGACUUUCGGGCUCAGCUGGCCCGCUGUCAGAAGCUACUGGACGGCGGCGGCCACCGGGAGAUCUGCGUUCACGGCCUGGGCCUGGCCAUCAACAGGGCCAUCAACAUUGCGCUGCAGCUGCAGGCCAGCAGCCAGGGAGCGCUGCAGUUGGCCGCCAACACGUCCACGGUGGAGUUGGUGGACGACCUGGAGCCUGAGGAUCCGGAUGAGGCCGGGGAGCCCAUGACACGCACACGUAACAACUCUGCCAUCCACAUCAAGGUUUUCUACCCUGACCCCCAGUGACCGCAAACGUGCGGUUCCCUCGACAACCAACGCAUGUGUUUGUUUGUAUAAAGUGUUAUUAUCAUUUCUUAGCAGCCUCGGAGGACAGAAGUUAUAAUUUUGCAUGUUUUAUAGCACAGUCAAAACACCUGUUGGUGACGUGUGUAUACACUACAGGUGUUAUGUUUUACAACGCUAGGAACCAGGUAUGCUAAAGUCGGUCAGGGGUGCCCAAACCUUUUCUCCCAAGGCCCUUGAACUAUGCCCGAAAAAAAUAAGUUGGUGAAUCCGUCUAUAAAAACGUCAACAGUUCCAGGCUGAUGUACAGACUGUCCACUAGAUGUCAGUAGAUAGACAAAGGCAUAUUGUGCCCUUGUUUGCUAUCUGUUAUCACAUUUAAUAUAAAUUAUAAUUAACUUAUAGUGCUGUUCUGUCAGUGAAGCUGGUCAAGAUGCCAUCUAGGCACAAAUAAAGUUUUCUGUCAUGCAAAAGUUCA